AUGCAGAGCUGUCGCGAACUCUUUGUGAACCCGCUCCUAUGGACCUCCCACCAUUUCAACCUCGUAGGAGGCCAAUUUGUGGAGAUGGUGGACCACCCCAUACAAUCCACUCAGGAUAACACCAAGACAGAAGAGAACGCCAAACCACCAAGUGAUGCUGAACUCUCUGCGACAACACCCAUACCCGCUGUGAAAAGUGAUGCUGAACUCUUUGCGAGGACACCCAUACCCGCUGCGAAACAUCGCCGCCUAGUCGAUAUCCUGGUAGGCAAGGGACGUGCCUUCGCUAAAUAUGGCAAAGGGCCCGACUUCUUCUUUACGGGUAUCCCAGUCCAUCGGCCACACUGCACUGUGUUCUAUCGCCAUGGGCAGCCUGACAAGCAUGUCGACGGACCCCUGUUGGUGGGCCAUCUACCUUACGGGCAUGUCAAAGGAGGACGCACGAGAUUAUUCCAGCCUUGUCCAGACCCGCGUGGCCGUCUCAAUCGGAUUGGCGCAGAAAUCUGUGAAAAGCGAGUGGCCCAAGUCACUCCAACGGAAUGGACUGAAGAUCCAUACUUUGCUUGCGUCUUGCUGGCUCUAGCACAACUCCAAGAGCGCAAGCUGGACCUGCCGAACCCAACAACCUACACCUCGCGUCUUCUCGUUACCAGCAUGAGAGACCACGAUUCUGUCUAUUUGUAUGAUGCUGAAAUCACCUCCGAGCUGCUCGGGGCGCUCGCCCGGCCAAAAUCUGCCACGAGACAUAUCAAGUGGCCUGUGAUCAUGCGAAGGAAACUUCCUAUCAAGCCUUACAACACCUUUCCUGACCGCCUGGCCGCGGAGCUGGUGGCUCCUUCAUGCUUCAGUAGAACGAGCUGCACCGCUUCAUCAGAUAAACUCAGCGCCAAACGACGACGCGAGGGAGGAAGCGGCAGCCCACAUAAGAUGAGGCGGCUGCUAUAG